AUGGAAGCCACCGCAGCCCUCGGCACCGGACUGCGACAGCUACGCCGCGUGCGCCGUACUCGCACGCAGUACGAACGUCUGCAGCGCCCGGACGACAUUCAGGCAGGCUAUCCCAUUCCGAGCAUCGAGGGUUGGGUGCUCUUUUUCUCGAACCUGCCGGAAACAACGACGCAGGAGGACAUAGCCAACUACCUCGUCUCGUUCAAGGAGGGUGAUCCGGACUACUUUGGCGCCAUCACCGACAUCAAGAUCCCCCUCAACGCCGACUGCUUCUGCGCCGGUUAUGCCUUGGUAGAGCUGGAGGACCGUGCUGGGUACGAGCGCGCAAUCGCCGAGCUGAACGGCACCAUGUUUCCGUCCGGCGACAAACCCCUCGUUGUGGCUCCGACGUUUCUUGGCGAAGAGGAGGAGCAAGAGCCGCAGGCAGAGGAAGUGGCGCCAGGUGAAAAGCGGGCGCGCGAUUAA